AUGGCACACGCUUAUUUACAAUUAAGUGUGGAUAACGACGCCGCGGAUGCACAGACAAUUGUAACUUAUAAAGGAGCGUUUAGGUGCAAGAAAUUACAAUUCGGGUUAUCAAUAGCUCCACAAGUGUUCCAACAAUUUAUUGACAAUAGAUUGCGCGGAAUUUCGGGCGUGAUUCCAUAUUUUGACGAUAUCUUAAUAGUCGGAAAGUCUGAUACAGAUCUCGAAGCAAAGGUGCGUGCGGUUCUUCUGCGAUUUAAAGAAGACGGACUUCGAUUAAAAAAGAGAAAGUGUGUUUUCCGUACGGAAUGUUUAAAUUUCCUGGGGUUUCACAUAAGUGCGGCCGGGGUUCGUCCCACUAAAGACAAAAUAAACGCUAUCGUGAAUACGCCGGCUCCUGCGAACAAAACAGAAUUACAAGCAUUCCUAGGUCUUGUAACCUUCUAUCACAGUUUUAUCAAAGACAAAGCUGCAAUAGCCGAAGCCCUACACAAAUUACUCCAUAAAGACGUUGAUUUUAAGUGGGGUGCCGAGCAAAACGAUGCUUUUAAAAAAUUGAAAGACAUCCUCGCGAGUGAACCACUUCUAGUUCACUAUAAUGAAAACAAUUCAUUAAUUUUGACAUGUGACGCAAGUGCGUACGGGGUGGGGUGCGUGUUGAGUCAAUUGCAAUCAUCGGGUCGCGAAGCACCUGUUGCGUACCACAGCAGAACCCUAUCAUCGGCUGAACGCAAUUACGCGCAAAUUGACAAGGAGGCGCUAGCAAUAGUGGUAGGUGUCAAAAAAUUCCACAAUUACCUUUAUGGUCGACAGUUCUGUAUAAAAACCGAUCAUAAGCCUUUACUGGGUAUUCUUCGGGCGGAUAAGGCUAUUCCUGAAGUGUUGUCACCACGUUUUGUCAGAUGGGUGAUAAUGUUAUCGGCUUAUUCGUAUGAUCUGUCCUAUACACCAGGGAAAAAGAUUGGCCAUGCGGACGCGCUUAGCCGAUUUCCAAUAAAAGAUACGUCCGGAGAAACAGAAAAUAUCGCUGAUGUAUUAGCACUAGAAUGUGCUCCAGAGCAGAUCCUGACUGCCGACGAGGUGGCAAAGGAAACAACCAAAGAUGUAAUUUUGAACAGAAUCCUCCAAUGGGCAAGAAAUGGAUGGCCAAAAAAUAACAAAGACUUCGGUAAUGAAUUUCAGCCAUUUUUAAAAAGAAAACAUGAAAUUUCUUGUUAUCUCGACUGUCUUUUGUGGGGAACCAGAAUAAUUGUUCCAACUGGAGGGAGGAAAAGGGUCCUAAGAACCUUACAUACAGCUCAUCCCGGAAUAGUACGAAUGAAGGCUUUGGCGAGGUCGUACGUUUGGUGGCCAGGGCUGGAUGACGACAUCGAAAGAUUAGUCAACACAUCCGAAGAGUUCCAACAAACAAGAAACGCUCCGCCGAAAGCACCUUUACAUCCAUGGGAGUGGGCUAGAGCUCCAUGGUCAAGACUGCAUCUAGAUUUCGCCGGACCUGUAAAGGGGAAAUAUUUCCUCAUCAUAGUGGACGCUUACUCUAAGUGGUUGGAAGUGAGACAGGUGGGAGGACCUUCCUCUGCGGAAACAAUAAGGGUUCUACGCGAACUAUUUGCAACACAUGGUAUCCCGGAUGUUUGCGUCUCUGACAAUGGUACAGCUUUCACAUAG